UCCAAGAACGGAGGAGGUGACAGGCAGAAUCCUCAGGGCCAGUUCAUGCCCAAGGCCAGACCUCGGACGGCCCCUUGCGCCCCGCCCCCUAGCAGCAACCUGGUUCCAUUGGCUUCAGAGCUGUCUGGGGGGCGGGAUUCUAGAAGCUCCAGACCCCAAGCAGGUGGGCUCUGCUACCGACCGCUUUGGCGCCAAGUUCCGUCGCUCACCGGGCUCCCGAGGGCGGCAUGUCGGCGACGCUGAGCGUGGAUCCCGCGGGCCCCCGCGGCUGGGACGAGCCCGUGCGCAUCGCCGUGCGCGGCCUGGCCCCCGGGCAGCCCGUCACGCUGCGCGCGUCCCUGCGCGACGAGAAGGGCGCGCGCUUCCGCGCCCACGCGCGCUACCGCGCCGACGCCGGCGGCGAGCUGGACCUGGCGCGCGCGCCCGCGCUGGGCGGCAGCUUCGCGGGGCUCGAGCCCAUGGGGCUGCUCUGGGCGCUGGAGGCCGAGCGGCCCUCGUGGCGCCUGCUCAAGCGGGACGUGCGCACGCCCUUCGCCGUGGAGCUGGAGGCGCUGGACGGCCACGAGCCCGACGCCGGGCGGCCGCUGGCGCGCGCGGUGCUCGAGCGCCGCUUCCUGCCGCCCGGGGUGCGGCGAGUGCCGGUGCGCGCGGGCCGGGUGCGCGCCACGCUCUUCCUGCCGCCAGGACGUGGACCCUUUCCAGGGAUCAUUGAUAUCUAUGGCGUUGGAGGAGGCCUGUUGGAAUAUCGAGCCAGUCUUCUGGCUGGCCAUGGCUUUGCCGUAAUGGCUGUGGCCUAUUAUGACUUUGAAGAUCUCCCCAAGGUAAAGGGCCCAGAUAUUGGGCUUCUGGGGCUUUCUCUAGGAGCUGACAUUUGUCUCUCAAUGGCCUCAUUCUUGAAGAAUAUCUCAGCCACGGUUUCCAUCAAUGGCUCUGCGUUCUGUGCAAACAGACCCAUACACUACAAGCAGACUACGAUACCAGCCUUGGGCUAUGACCUUAGGAGAACCAAGACCACUUUCUCAGGCAUUCUGGACAUCCUGGAUGUUCGGAACGAUAUUGUAGGAGGCUGUGAGAACCCCAGUAUGAUUCCAAUAGAGAAGGCUAAAGGACCGCUCCUCUUCAUUGUUGGGCAGGAUGAUCAUAACUGGAGGAGUGACUUAUAUGCCCAGGUAGCCUCUGAACGCUUACAGGCCCAUGGAAAGGAAAAGCCCCAGAUAAUCUCUUACCCUGGGACUGGGCAUUACAUAGAACCUCCUUACUUCCCUGUGUGUCUAGCUUCCCUGCACACAUUAGUCAACAAAGCUGUGAUCUGGGGUGGGGAGGUUCGGGCUCACUCUAAAGCCCAGAUAGAUGCCUGGAAGCAAAUUCUAUCCUUCUUUGGGAAACACCUAGGAGAUACCCAAAACCCUAGAUUGUAAUAUAUUUAUCCAUCUUUGACAUGUUAGAUUCAAGAUUAAAAGUCAAAUUCAAAUGGCCAAUAACUGAAUCAAAUAUCCCCUCAAUAGCAUUGAAUUCACAUUUUUGGCUUUAAUGGUAUAUCUUAGGUCACUUUACUGACUUAAGUUUUGCCAGUGAAGCAUUUUACUAACAACAUAUGCUUGUAGAUGAUUCAAAUGUAUACAAAACAAUGAGCUGGAAAAAUAAAAACACCUCUACUAUUAAAACUUAUGUUUUCUUUGA